AUCUACUCCAUUUUAAAAGUCCGGAACUAAAAUACUUUAUUCACGUUUAGAGGGGCAUUUUAGGCAUGCCACUAUGUCCAACGAUGUUUCAAACCAAACAGUAGUAGCAGGAGAAGCAUCUGAAUCGGAUGAUGAUGAUUUCAAGGAGUCUUUAAAGCCUCAGGGUGUGAUUGUGGCAGGGGAGGCUUCGGAAUCGGAAGAGUCAGAUGAUGAAGUUAAAACGGAAGGGGUGACACCACUCUCAGUUGAUGAAAAUGGUAAAGGUGAUAGUGUACCAGGGGAAGAGGAGCAGAUUACUAGAUCACUUAGAACUGGAAGCGACAUCAAGGAACCACUCAAGUUUGACACAUUACUACACCGGAAACUUCGGGAAAAGAACAUUAGUUUUCGACGCCACCUGUACAACCAGGUUUCACAGACCUAUAUGACGUCAGCAAAGGAUUUACAUCACAUCACACAGGGACUUUUGAAAUCACAAACACAUGUACAGGAUGUCUCUCACAACUUGAGGCUCAUGACUAACAACUUAUUCCAACUCCAAGACAAAGUGGACAUUAUUACAUCAUCAAAUGUAUUGCCAGAAAUAAACAUUGCAGUAAACAAAGGAGCCACUGGUGGUGCGUCGCCAGGGCAACCUAAAUCGCCAUCUAUUUCUGCACCUAAAGGUCUUUAGAGGGAAGAUAUAUGGAAUUUUUUAGUUAUAAAUAUUUCUUUUAUUGACAGUUAUAUAAAUACAUGACAGUUAAAAACUGUCAAAUGGAAAUCGCAUCGAUUUAAUAGGGAACACUUAUUAAGAGGAACCAAAGUCAUUCCCCUGACAUGUACAUAGUUUUUACUGUACAUUAUUAGUCUAUGUACAAGCUAAGCCAUUGUCAAGUAAAAAUUAUAAAUAAACUAAAAUGUGCAAUUUUUAUUUUAUGGCCUUGAAACGAACAUAGUAUUCCAGACAUCUUUCAAUAAAAACUCCUACUUUCUACCAAUUAGAGAAUUACGUGAAUUAAUGAUUUUGGAAUGAACUGGGUAUCAAUUGCUAAAAUACAUUACAUGUACAUAAAACAUGUUCAUCUUUAUUUGCCAAAUUUGCAUACCUUCUGUGACUGUUUUGAGUGCCAUUGACUCACGAUUUGGAAGAUUGGGAAAACUGGGGACUUCAUUUUUUAUAUAUCUAUUUAUGUAUUACAGAAUAAAUACAGUAUAUUUUAAAAGAACU